AGAACACAGUUUCGAAUUGCAGUUUGCUUACCUUCCGAGCCGUUAUUGUGAGUUCGACGGGGGAGAGGGAUGUGCGACUAAACAUAUUCUCCUCAAAUUACUUGUCACAUAAGCGUCGUGCCGGUAUCUGUCAGUUUUUUCGUCAAUAUUAAUUAAAUGCAUCUGUUAAUCUUGAAAGAAUGAAUUUUUCUCAGCGUAUAUCUCGUCUUCAUUCAAGAAAUACGAUCAUAAGCGUUUUGUCAGAUACAGCUCUGUAUGGAGAACCAAACAGAUCAUCAUUCCAGGCUGUACAUCAAACUUUGAAACGGUUAGAAAUUUAUGAAGCCUUGCAACUAAAUUCCUUGUUUUGUGUUGUAAAGAAACUUGAAGAAACUUUAUUACAUUGGCGGCCUUAUAAAUUUGAUGUGCUUCAAGUGCUUUCAGAUCUCAACCAUGAAGUAAACGAAUUAUCAAAACGUGAAUUUGAUCAUGAUAAAACUUGCCGAAAUCUAGAAACUGCCAAAUGGGCUAGAGAUGUCACUCUAAAACAUAUUAUAGAGAUAUUACAACGAUUUAUUGCAUCUUACACACUUUUGCCUAAAAAGGCAGCUCGGAAUCAUGAAACAAACGAAAUAUUGGAAUUAAAAGGCAUUGCUUUAGAAAUUCUCCAUAAUAUUUGUGUGGAGUUUGAAGAACAAGCUCAGCAUUGUGCAGAAAAUGAAAACUUUUUAAAGAGUCUUUUUUCCUAUAUGCAGUAUGAUCAGACUUGUUUUCCUGCUUGCCGAGUUUUGGAAUGUUUGAUGCUUGCUAGGAAAAAUGUUUUUGAUUUAUCUACUGUUGAAAAUCUGCAAGAUAUCAUUACUGGAUUAGAUGAUGCUCAUCUUGGGAAUUUCUGCAAAAUCCUUGCAAUAACAUUAUCUGAACUUGACAUGUAUGAAAAUAAGACAUCAUUGUAUGCUCAAACAAAGCAGAAAAAGAAUCAAAACUUUUAUGUUCGUGAUAUAAACCAAGACGUUAUCUUACGAACACCAAAGAUUUUAUCCAGGCUUGUUGAUGUUGCUUGUGCUAAACCUUAUGUACCUUGGUCCGAUGCGGCUGCUUCUAGUCUUGCAGAAAGCGAACAAUGGCUAAAAUGGAUUGAUGAUAGGUGUAACGAAGAUAAUGCGGCUGAUGAUUAUGAAAAUGACCCUUUUAUUGGAGGUAUUACAACGUGGUCAGAAUGCUCAAAUUAUGGGCCUCCCAAGACUGCAAUCAAAAUUACCUUAGAAUUAACAUUCAGAGCAGAUGCAGUUUGUGUACUUGGUUUGCUUCUUGUUGGAAGGCAUCGAAAAGAAGUACAAAAAGAACUAGCUGAGUUAAAAUUGAUUCCUCAACUAUCAGAUCUAUUUGAUCACUUCCUGUGGCGAACUAAUGUCAGGCGGGAAUAUACUAGACUUCCUGGGCAUAACAGUUCUUGUGAAUGUAGUCCAGAAGUUGCCUUGAAAAUACAAGUUUUGAGAUUAAUUCAUAGCUUUUGUGACCAUUCAGAUUACAAGCAUGUAAUGCUGUCUUGGAGUGAAUAUAGUGAAAUAACAGCUAUUGAAGAAAGAUCUGAAGCUGAUUUUCCUACAUGGCUUAGGCCCAGUGCAAUGUGUAUUGGAAAUAAUGGACUUCUAAGUAAGAUCGUCGAAGUUAUUAAAAAAGAAACAGGAGCGUCUACUUUCAGGUUUUGGCUCUCUAGGGCUAUAGAGAGCUAUUUACGUGGUAGUUUUUCAAGUGCCGAUCAGGAUUUUCUUCUAAGAAGAAAUUUAAUGCAACAUGUCAUUCAGAAUCUUAUAACAAGCAACAUCAGACACAAAGAAGUAUUGCAAAGCAGUUUUGAUCUUUUAGGAGAGCUUGUAAAAUUCAAUGUUACUGCAUUUAUUGAUCUCAAUACCCUAUUGCACAACUCCCCAAGGCAACAAAGAAAACUCCUGACCUUAAUGAAUUCUAGUCUUGUUGACUCCAACAUGUUUAUUAGAAGUCUUAUACUUUCAUAUGAGCUUUUUGUGUCUUCCGGGGAUGAAGAUAUGAAAGCAUUUGCUGAGGAAUGUUGUUCUGUGUUAUGUCAUGUGGGAAGUUUGAAAACAAGAAUCAACUAUUUGCAAAGGCUGCUUUCUCUUAUUAAUAUUCACAAUUUGACCCAAGUAAUUGAAAAUGUCAGCUGUUUGAAUACUGCAUUGGUCAUACUGAUGUUUGGUUUAAAAAAGGGAGAGCUGCCUCAAUACUUGCAUUUUUUGGCUUCUAGUGUAGCAGAUGGCUGUAGUGUAGCCACAAGUACUUGUGCUCUACAUUUAGAAAAUCUAAGGGAUUUAUUAUUGUUUUGGCAAGACCAUUAUCUGCAAAAAGAUAAAGAUUGUACCAUUCUUGAAAAAGGCUCAAGAAUAUGUUUUCAAGAGUGGAGAGAGACUGUUUCUUUAUUGACAUGUGAUGACUGUAAAAACCCAUGUGCAAUUGCAUUUUAUACAACAACAGCAGUGUCAUCUAGAGCCUCAUGAUGUAUGACAAUAUAUGCAAAAUGUAAAUAAAUAUGUAUUUAUUUUUUUAACCAUCAGCAUAUUUAUAUAUUGAUUUGUAAAAUUUCAUUGCAUAACUUUUCAGUGGAUAUCGUCAAAGUAAUCUUGUGUAUAAUAAUGAACUGUGACUAUAUCUUCUGGAAGAUAAAGCAUUGUUUUAAAAUUUCAAUGUGUCAAUAUUUAUAUUCUUAAAUUGUACAUAUUUGAUUUACUGGUUAAGCUAAAGGGGCACAAAAAAUAGGUAUUAAUAAUUGUAUUUUUAGACUGAACUCAUUAAUAAGAACUAAUUUGUAUAAUGUUUUGAUGUUGACAAUACAUUUCAAAAAGUUUCUUAAGAAAUGUUUUAGUUUCUUGUAAUAAAGAUUUUUUUGUGAAUGUUUCAAAUUUCAUUGUAAAUAUUGUGCAUCCUUCAAUAUUUUUACUUACAAAUGCAAGGAAAAUGUAAAUUUAAAGGCUUCUGAUUUUUUCAUGUAUUUUUGACCCUUCUUUGGGAAAUAAAUAUACAUAAACAUCAAUUAACCAGAGACAAAAGUAUACUUAAUUGAAAGGAUUGAUAACUAUGUCGGAAACACAUAUCUACACCUUGUUACAUCUUAACUUGAUAAUGAAAAUAUUUCAUAAUAUAAUUAUUUAACAUAAUCUCUGUUAUUAAAUCAGGUUGUCGAAAAUCACCUGUAAAACAAGAAGAGGUAUGUUUUUACUGUAAACUAAAAAAAUUAUGAAUAAAAAAUAAUACGGAUUUUAUCAACAUAUAUUUUAACUUUGUUGUUGUUAUCAAUUUAUUUUUAAUGAAUGUCAUAAGCAUAAAAAACUUUUCAUGCAAUAGAACCUCAGAAGAUUAAUAUUAUUACAUUUUUAGAACAACAAAUUUAAGAAA